AUGGAGACACUGCCAAGUUACGCCGAAGACAUAGACGGCGGAGAGUCGCCGUCCAUCUCGAUGUUGUCGGAGCUCGCCGCUGCCAGAAAGAUCACCAUUGUAGGUGGAUCCAUCCCUGAGAAGGCGUCUGGGAAGGUGUUCAACACCUGCUGUGUUAUCGGACCAGAUGGACAGAUAUUGGCCAAGCAUAGGAAACUGCAUUUGUUUGAGAUUGACAUCCCAGGAGACAUCAAACUCAAGGAAUCUGAUACAUUCACAGGCGGGCAAAAAACUACUAUAGUCGACACAGAUGUUGGACGGAUUGGCAUAGGAAUAUGCCAUGAUAUCCGGUUUCCAGAGCUUGCAAUGCUGUACAGAUCAAAAGGUGCACACCUGAUAUGCUAUCCUUCUGCAUUCAACAUGAGCACCGGGGAGCUUCUGUGGGACCUCAUGCAGAAAUCCAGGGCCGUUGAUAAUCAGUUGUUUGUAGCAACCUGCUCGCCGGCGCGAGACCCUAACGCGAACUCGGACUACAUGAUCUGGGGCCAUUCGAGCCUCAUCGGACCAUUUGGCGAAGUGCUUGCGGCAGCUGGGCAUGAGGAAGCGACCGUCAUCGGCGAGAUCGACCUCUCCACGAUACAAUCUACAAGGCACGCGAUAUUAGAAUUAAGAAUUUAA